AUGGCCUUUUAAUAGAGCCCUUCUUAAAAACGUUAAAUUCUAGAAUAGACCUCAGUUUCACCUGCUGCUCAAGACUCUAAUCCUGAUAACUUAGAUACAGAUCGCAAAGCAUAAUUAAUUCAAAUGAAGAAACUACAGAAGGAAUAGCAUGAGAUUGACAGCUGGCUACGAUUUAUUGAGAGCAUUCUAUAUUCAUAUGAUAAAGAUAAUUAGUCCAUGAAAAGAAGUAUUCCUGUAACAGUGAGAAACAAGAAUGAUAUAGUCAAAGAUAUGGUUCAAUAUGAUCAGGCCAUAGAAAAAGUUAAGCAAGCUAUCUUUAUUGCAUAGCAAUAAAACCGGGAUUAAAGUUAUACCAGGUAGAGCUCAGACCCAUAGUCCAAUUAAACAGAUAGUGAAAGUUUGCACAAGACAUCAGUAUUGAAUAAACAAAUUGAAAAGAAGUACAACAUCACUAACAGUAACGUAACCAAUAAUAAGAAUCUACAGAGCAGUGAUAAAAUCUACAUUAUCAAUGAAACAAUUGAGUCAUAUAGAAAUAAUUCCACCUCUCGUAAUGAAAGAGGUACCCUCACCUAAUCGAAAUCUCAAAUUCAGUCUGUCAGUCAUCGCUCUAAAGAGGAUAAAUAUGCAUUGAAUAAGCUAGUAUCUGGUACUGGUGUAAUUGCAACUAAUUCUUUGAAUAAUCUACCUCACGGCACUUUAUCAAAUCUAGAUCAAGCUAAAGCUUAAUUCAUUAGUUCUCAGCGCACAAACUUUAGCAAUUUAGACAUUAGAAAUAGGCUAGGGGACCAAGCUUAAUCAAUCAAAAAAGUUGAUUUAGUUUUGGAAAACUAAAAACAUAUCUAGAGGCAUUUUAAAGACAUGCUAGUGCCUAAUAAAGACGCAGCAAGUUCAUUUUUCAACAAUAGAAAGUCUAAGUUUUAGAAGAGAGCAUCAUAAGAAACCUUCAAGACUUAAAAUGAUCAAUUAAUUGGCAUGCAGAUUCGUAAGGAUUUUACACCUAAAAGUAUAAGAGCUUAAGCGUAGAAUGAUGUCACUUUCAAUGCUACAGAGAGGUAAUUACUUUCACGAGCUAUGAUGUUUUCAGAAAAUAGUUCAUAAUAUAAAGUUCUCAAGAGUAAUAUCCUUUAACCUUAACUCACUGGAUAUGUGGACUAUUCUUAUAAACAACCAAAAUCAGAUGAUCAAGAAGAGAGUUUGGUUUUCCAAGAUAAAAGUCACAGAGAGUCUAUUGGCAUUAUCUAAUUUAAGAACUUAGAGACAUUUAAGAACUACUUGAACUCAAAAAGCAGCUACAGACCUCGAGAUUCCUUUACAUAGGAUUUCAACAAGAAUUAAAUUGAUAGGAAUAAGGUGCUUAAAAGUAUAAGAGAGUUAUCCCUUGAUAGGUUUAAGCAUCUUGACUAAAAAAACAAUAAAAGUAAAACUCAGACAAACUUCAAUAAACUCGCUAAUCUGAAUAAUUUAUCUCCUUCAGGUGCUGGAACUUCAGGAAUGCAAAAUGAUAAGAAUAAAAGUUUUGGCAGCUUUGUCAAUAGCUUCCUUAAUAAUACCUAAAUGCCCCCAAACUAUAUCAAGAAAAGUAAAUACAAGGACAAAAAUAGCAAAUCAGUAUUACUAAGUAAAGAUGCAAGUUAGAAAUAGCAAAAGAUAAUAGAUAUAAGAAUUGAUAACGAACCAAUUGAUUCAGCUUUAAGUCUUGAGGAUAACAAUAUCAACACAGUUUAUAAAGAAUCUUAAAAGGCGUUAUCAACUGACACACAGAAUCAAUCCAUAUUGUACCUUAACAAUGUUCUUUCAUCGAAGAAUUUAAUAAUAAGCAAUGCAACUCCAACAGAUUUAAAUUAACUUAAAAACCUCGUAUUUUAUAAGACUUCUCACAAUAAAUACCGCUCUAACCUUUAAAUCGAGGAAAAUAUAGAUAAAGACUCUCAUGAUAAGUAGCGCUAAAUCCUGAGAUCUCAGCAUGACUCUAAAGUGUAAAAGUAUGCACAUCGUUUUGCAAGCUAAGGAUCAGAUCAGAUCUACAUCAAGGAAGAGGAAAUUUAAGAGUAGAUCUAGCAACUUAAGUUGAUUAAAAGCAAAAGAAACAUAAUAUCAAGGGUAAGCAAACGUAGAAGGAUCGAUCUUAAAAGUAAUUAGGUUAUUGAAACCCCUAAAAAAAAUACACCAGAUACAACAGCUGCUGUAAAGGGUUCUGAUUAAAGUAGACUUAUUGUAUAUGACAGAGAAUAGAAGAGGAAUAGUAUGGGAGCAAUGGAGGAAACUAAAUUAAAAAAGGACAUGAGAAAAUUUAAGCUUGACUUUCCUUAAUAAACAUUCAAAUCAAAUAAAGCGAUUCAGAAAAUCUCAAAUCACAAUUAGAUAAGUUAAGGCUCAUUUAUUUCAAUACAGGAUUAAUAGUAGCAAAUCUAAAAUUAUUAGAAGUCCUUUCUGAGCAGUAACGAUUAAAGAGACUUGAAUAGUUUAAAAGAGACAGCUUAACUUGCUACAUCAAGUAAUUUUAGAGAUACCCUUAAAUUUUUGGCUAAGGGUGAUAAUAUGAACUAUUCUUAUCAAAAUAAGUACAAGGCAAAGAAGAAUAGUCAGAGAUAUCAUAACAUACAGUGA